GCCAAGUCGUGCGUACGCGAUGCAGCCAGGCGCUCUCGUGUAUCUACUAUACGAGUUCCUCUUUGUGUGUAAUAAUAAUUGUCCCGUCGGUACGACGUCGGCAUUAUUUCUGUGCGACACUUAAAAAGGCUGCGAUGACAGUUCGUUCAAGUUCUCCCCGUUGCUCCUAGAUCAUUGGCAUAUGAAGCUGAACCACCUGGAUGAUAAAAGGAAAAAAAUAUAUAUAUAUAUAUAUUCAUUUAAUUAUUGAAACGAGAAUACGUGCGGCCUUUGAUCAUCUGUAGUUAUUCGUGCAACCGGUCAGUCUUACAAUGGGUUGAAAUCAGUUUUCCUUCAUUUUGCGAAACCUACCAUUUAAGGAAAAUAACGAAUAAAUACAAAUAGAAGGAAAGAGAUUGAGAAGAAGGGGUGGGUGAUGAAUAUUAGUACACGAGAAACGGUUAAAAUAACGAUCGACUGAUAUAUAAAAAGAAAGGAAAAUCAGAAACAAGACAUCAAGGGAAAGGUGCCAUGGAACAUUUCUCUCGCUCUCAUGAAUAAAAAGUGUGUCAGUCGCCUGCCGCACCUAUCCUUUGGCCUCGCAUGAAAAUGACUGAAAUAUUGUCAUGAAGAUGCAAUAUAUAAUGGAGAAUUCCCAGUUUAUGAGAGGGCCAAUUAAUAUAUUGUUGAUAAAGGCAUAGAGAGAGAGAGAGAGGGAGAAAAAAAUAUUGUCUGUCGGUGCGAAGUUGUCGAGGGAAAGAGAGAGAGCAGCCGUGUCGAUAGCUUUGAAUUAUGCAGUAUUCCAGUAUUGCAUCAGGAGAUACCACCCCUCGGAGAGUUUUUGAAGACUAUACGUGAUAAUAGAAACACUGGUAGGUGACUAAACGGCCACUGAAACAAACGGCAGUUGAUAAAAGAAAAAAAAAAAAGUAUCAUAUUCUCACACUUCAGAGGUCGGCCACGACCCGUUUAGCCCAGGAAUUGUCGGUACAGAAGUGCUGUGUGUGUUUGAGUGUGUGUGUGGGCGACCGGGCCAGCAUUACUGAAGCAACAAGUGGCUUUUUACCCAACACACUGCCUGCCGCUGCUUACAAUUUCCACACGCCUAUUCUCUUUGCUGUUCGUCAUCCCCGAUGUGACCUCUCUCUCUCUUCUUAGCCCGUGCUCUUUCGUUUUUCAUUAUUUUCCCCAUUUUCCUCGUGUUUAAAUGAAAAGGGGACUGAUAAAGGUUAGACUGUUAUAAUAAUAAUGACAAUCUUUCGCCGUUAUUGAGUUUCUCAGAAUCUCCGAGAAGGGAAGAAACCGAGAAACCUCUGAUCUCUUCCUACCUCCCUUGAACUAAGGACCCUGGCACCUCCUCCGUCAUUACAAAAGCAGAAGUAGAAAAAAGAUAAAAAGAAAAAGUGUUAAGUGAGAUUUUAAUGGUAAAACGUCCACUGACUGUCAACGUCCUUGGAAGACCGAUUCUCUGUCCUCGUCGUAGGGAGGACCUCCUCUUCAGUAGUGUGGCUCCCUUGUCCUCCGCCUCCUCCUCCUCCUCCUCCUCCUCCUCACCAUGACGACGGAGACGGGGCCGAAACAGCAGGCCGAGGUAAAGCCCGUACGCGGGUCCGCACCCCCCCGGGGCGGAGCGCCCAGCUUGGCCACAGAACUGAGGCGAUGCUGCACGGAACUCGUGGCUUCCACCCCUAACCAACGCAACUGGCGAGGAAUCCUCAUCGCUCUCCUGGUCAUAGGAUGCGUGUGCGGCCUAAUCCUGUUUUCUGUGGUCCUCCUAACGCCUCCUGAUUCCGGACCCAGAGUAAAAGGAUCCCGAUUCACCCUAGCGGACGUCCUCUCGGGCCAGUUUAAUCCCCCAGGAUUCAACGGCAAAUGGAUAUCAAGCACAGAGAUAGUCUUCCGAGACGAUGGGGGUGGCGUCAGCCUCCUGAACGUCCCCAACCUCACUGUAACUCCGCUGGUCUCCAAUUUCACUUUCCGUCGAUUAAGUAUAGAAUUAUUCGACGUUUCUCCUGACAAGAAAUACAUUUUGUUAAAACACGAUGUUCGCCAGAGCCACCGUUACAAUCACUUAGCCAAAUAUACAGUUCUGCGGAUGGACACAGAGCAUGUCGAAUUGGUGACUCCUUUUCCAUCUCCAAACGGCCAUCCCGAAUUGCAGCACGCGACUUGGAUUCCCGGGGCCGAAGCUUCGCUCGUGAUGGUCCACGAAAAUGACGUGUAUAUAAAGAAAUCUCCGACUUCUCCCGUCGUCAUAAGGAUCACCAACACUGGGGAACAACAUACUAUCUAUAACGGCAUUACUGAUUAUCUCUACCAAGAUUACGUCCUUCAUUCGGUGUCCGCCAUCUGGCCGAGCAAAGAAGGGAAACGCCUGUGUUACGCGACGUUCAAUGACUCCAGAGUCCACGAGGCGAAGAUACCCAUCUACACCGAGCAGUAUUCAACCAUCCGAAAAGUGAGAUACCCUAAGGUGGACACGCCAAACCCAGUAGCAACUCUCUGGGUUGUCGAUAUCGGCGAGCCCACAGCCAAGCCACAGGACCUGAAGCCACCCUCAAGAGUCAAAGACCAGUCAGUGGGAGUGUGGGAUCACUACUUUACUGGAGUGGGAUGGAUAGACGAAGAAAGAGUGGCAGUUGUAUGGAGAAAUCGACCUCAAAACGUCAGUGUCGUGACCACAUGCUCUACUCCAUUGUGGUUCUGUGAAGAGCUUUAUGUUGAAGAAAGUGGCCCUGAGAAAUGGGUGAUCGUAAAGGACGCCCCUCUCUUCACGAAAGAUGGAACAGCGUUCAUAAGCAUAGCGCCCCUGGUGGAUGGGAGCCUCGGGACCUAUCCUCAUAUCAUACAGGGAAAUACUGAAAUUAACCACAACAUGCCUCUUACUUUCGGGCCCUAUACUGUGUUCUCUAUUCUCGCCUGGGAUACUGUCAACCAUUAUGUAUACUAUGUUGCGAACAAGGAGAAAGAUGCCAGGGAUCGUCAUUUAUGGCGCGUCAUGGACUUGUCAGCAACUACCCCACACCUGCAGGAGUGCCUUACUUGUGAUCUUAAUUACACUACCCCAGCUUGCAGGCACUUCACUCCUUUUAUGGGACCCAACAACUUUAAUGAGGUUGUGUUGCAGUGCGAAGGCCCCGGCGUGCCCCAUACAAUACUAUAUUCUAUAAGUGAUGGAGAGAUCCAGCUGUACAUCCACAAUAACUCAGAAUUACAAAGGAUAAGUGGAGAGAUGGCAUGGCCGCAACAAAAGCAUUAUCGUGUACAGCUAGAAGAUGGAUUUGUUGCUCAGGUAAGACUGAAUGUACCCCCAGAGUUCAAGGACGACGAAGCAUUCAUUCACCCCGUUGUAGUGCGCGUUGGAGGUGUACCAGCUCAACAGAAUGUUAACCACAAAUGGAAAGUCGACUGGGGAACAUAUCUAGCUUCAAAUAAGUCAUGGAUUGUAAUGGAAGUAGACGUCCGAGGAGGUGCUGGCCAAGACUUGGGAUCGAUGUAUAAACCUGCGUGGCAUCUUGGAGAAAUAGAAGUUCAGGAUCACAUCUCCGUCAUGAAGUCACUCGUCGCCGAACUAGAGUUUAUGGACCCAGCUAGGGUAGCAGCAUUUGGCUGGGGUCAUAGUGGCUACAACGCAGCUAGGUUGCUGUCCCAAGACACGGAUCACGUGUUCGCAUGUGCAGCUGUUGUUAGCCCUAUCACAGACUGGUCACUUUAUGCAUCAGCGUACAGUGAGAAAUACAUGGGAACAGCGCGAGUGGAACCUGGUGGCAAUUAUCGCGGCUACGAAGAAACUUCUCUGCUAUUACGAGCAGCCGACUUCAAGAACCGCACUUUACUACUUGUUCAUGGAACAGCCGACACUGAUGUUCAUUAUGCUCACACUCUCAAACUAUCAAGAGCUCUUACUAAAAAUGGCAUUAUUUUUAGACAACAGACGUACACUGACGAAGGCCACGACUUGGAAAAGGUGCAGUCUCACCUCUUCAAGAGUUUAGAGAAGUACCUGGAUGGCUGCUUCCCUCCUUAUAAUGAAGAGGAACUUAGCAUACUCUAUGGUCAAGAUGCUUUCCAAUAGUUAUUCAUUAGACUGUUGAAACUAUAACAUCUUCAUUUCUUCAUCGUAGGGUUUGACUGUUGGCUUUGCCAUCUGUCCUUAACCCUUCUAUGCUUCUCCCCAUGAUAUUGUACCAUACGAUAAGCAUUUUAAUACUUUUCCUGAUUUCAGUGUACAGUGUAGUCCUGUUGACCCGAUGAUUAGCCCAUCUUGUAUAACAAACAUAAAAUUUAAGAAAACGUGUGUUCUAGUUCAUCACAGCUAUCUACAGGAAUCUGGAAUACUACCCAUAUUUUGUAUUGAGGCCUCCGUAAGCCACCAAUUCCUUAUUUCCAACAACAACAACAUGUACAAUAUUCACGUAGAUCUGUAUUGCUAUGAGAAACCGUUAGCUUUCAUUAGAAUCUGAUUUCUACCUCUAAAAUACCUGUAAGAAACGUGUAUUUUUUUUUCUUUACAUCAUUCUUGUCAUGCUUUGAACUCCUUUUCACUUCAUUUGGUGUUUUGACACAGUUUUACAUGAAACUUAAAAAAGCAUUAAAAAUAUCGGCAAUUUGGCAGUUAAAGCUUAGAGCUAUAAUGAAAACACUAUGUUGUUUCCUGAACUUUAUUUCUAGUACAGCCACUUCUCUAAUAAUUGUGAUAAUGAGAUAUCCUCAAUAUUUGUAUGAAAUAUGUAGUUAACAAAACAUUUAUACUGAAUAUAAUACCCAAACAGUAUUGCAUAAUAAUGUUUAGAAAACGUGUAAGAGAGCAAGUGUUUGUGGAUAAGCGGAAGUGUGUUUGGUUAUUUCAGAUGUAUAGCUGUAUGUUUGUGUUCUGUAUUUAUGUAUAAAUGUAUGUAUCAAUGUAUGCUAUCAUGAAUGUAUGUUUUUAUGUGAGUGAUAUCCAUUUUACAAAGUUAGAGUGACAGCAUCAUGGCGGGAUUGUUUAGUUAGGAUUCCUUUUCAUUUGUUUUCUUUGUAGUUGGAGCUUCUGCAUCAUAGAAUUAGCUUGAGAAUCUUUGAGAGAGCCUUUCGGCAGUUAUUUUUGCUAUCUAUGUAGGGGUUUUCAAGUUUCAAUGCAGUAUAAGGCCUUAAAAUAAUUUAAAUAGAGUAAACAUGUGUAAACAGUAAAGAACGUUAUUUCUUAGAUUAAGGUAUAACAAGGAAAUUAUUUAGAGUGUCCUUAAUUUCUCCAUUUUAUUUUGACAUAUUUUUGGAAUAAAUAAUAAACAUGUCUUUAUCAAUA